AAAAACGCGUGCUUGUUGUUUCAUGGCCCGUCUGAGCACCCGUGAUUCAUUGCGGCGCGUGUGUCCGCAAGUCACGUGACCGUGACAUUAAAGCGGAAAUGACAGUUAGCUUUUUACGGACUCACGGCAGAUAAAAAGGGCUGUGAUGUGAUGAUGGCAGCUGCCAGUGUGUCUCCGUCUGUUUGCGUUCAAACCACAGAGAAAUCUCAGUUAACCUUGAAAGUGGUUUCAGCAAAACCUCAGUCACCUAAGCUGCCCAGUCGUCACUCUCGUCUGAGUUCAUUCGUGGAGGUGACCGCUGACGGCCUGACCAGCGAAACAAAGAAAACAGGCAAACGCACGGGACACCUCGAGUUACAGUGGAAUGAAGACCUCACACUAAACGUCACUCCUCAGAGUCACUUGGACCUGAAGUUGUGGAGUUGUCACACUUUGAGGAAAGAGCUUUUGGGCAGCGCCACCAUUGAUUUACUGGACACCUUAAGAACGCAUGAUGGCAAAAUGGAGAACGUUCAGCUCAGUCUAGUUCUACAAACAGAGAACAAAGGCUCAGUUGUAGCAGGAGGUGAGCUCAACGUCUGUCUGGACGGCUUGGUUGUUGAUCUGGGAUCCUUGCCCAAUGGCAACGCUGCCUCAGACAAGAUCGUUCACUCGAGCAGAUCAAGUCUGCGCAGAGCACAGAGCGAUGAGACAUCCAGCAGCGGCAGCCCUCGUGGAAGAUAUGUAGGUCAUUCUUCAGUGUCUUCUCGGGGAGGUUCUCCUGCAGACCUAAGAGGAGCAUCUCUCACUAAUGGAGAUCUGAAUGGAGGACUUGUAGACGCUAUUUGCUCAAGUAGUGCUGCUAAAGAUGAGACGACCGCAAAUGGGAUAGACGGCAGUCGCUUGUCAUGUCCUCCUCCGUCCUCACCAUCACUGAUCUCAAACCCCACCGACAGCACAGACCCGCCUCCAGCAACAGAGACUCCUUCUAGCACCGAACAAACCGGUACAACUACAGAGACGUGUGCCGCUGAUGCUCUACCCACUGGGUGGGAACAGAGGAUUCUGCCUCAUGGCCGAGUUUACUACGUGGAUCAUAACACAAAGACCACCACAUGGGAGAGACCCCUCCCACCAGGUUGGGAGAAGCGUGUGGAUCAGCGUGGUAGGUUUUACUACGUGGAUCACAACACCAGAACCACCACAUGGCAGCGACCCACGGCCGAGUCUGUGCGCAACUACGAGCAAUGGCAGUCUCAGCGCAGUCAACUACAAGGGGCCAUGCAGCAGUUCAACCAGAGAUACCUCUACCAGUCAUCUGGUGGUGUGGUGGAGAAUGACCCGCUUGGCGCUCUUCCUCCAGGCUGGGAGAAACGUCAGGACAAUGGCCGAGUGUAUUACGUCAAUCACAACACCCGAACUACGCAGUGGGAGGACCCACGAACCCAAGGGAUGAUCCAGGAGCCGCCCCUGCCCCCCGGCUGGGAGAUGAAGUACACUGCAGAGGGGGUGCGAUACUUUGUGGACCACAAUUCUCGCACCACCACCUUUAAAGACCCCCGACCAGGCUUUGAGUCAGGUUCACGGCAGGGCGGGUCUCCGGGCGCAUACGAUCGGAGCUUCAGGUGGAAAUAUCACCAGUUUCGCUUCUUGUGCCACUCCAACGCGCUGCCCAGUCAUGUGAAAAUCUCUGUGUCACGACAGACUCUCUUUGAGGACUCAUUUCAACAGAUCAUGAAUAUGAAGCCGUACGAUCUCCGUCGGAGGCUCUACAUCAUCAUGAGGGGUGAAGAGGGUCUGGAUUAUGGAGGAAUAGCCAGGCAAUGGUUUUUCUUGCUGUCUCACGAGGUGUUGAAUCCAAUGUACUGUCUGUUUGAGUACGCCGGUAAAAACAACUACUGUCUGCAGAUCAACCCUGCAUCCUCCAUUAACCCCGACCACCUCACAUACUUCCGAUUCAUUGGCCGCUUCAUUGCCAUGGCGUUGUAUCAUGGGAAGUUUAUCGACACUGGCUUCACUUUACCCUUCUACAAACGCAUGCUCAACAAGAAACCCACCCUGAAAGACCUUGAAUCCAUCGACCCUGAGUUUUACAACUCCAUCAUGUGGGUCAAAGAGAACGAUCUGGAGGAGUGCGGCGUAGAGCUGUACUUUGCUCAGGACAUGGAGAUUUUAGGAAAGGUGACGACGCACCAGCUGAAGAACGAUGGAGAAAAUGAACUGGUCACUCAGGACAACAAAGAGGAAUAUAUCGGUCUGCUGACUGACUGGAGGUUCACACGUGGGGUGGAGGAACAAACAAAAGCUUUCCUGGAUGGCUUUAAUGAGGUGGUGCCAUUGGAGUGGUUGCGUUAUUUUGACGAGAAAGAACUGGAGCUCAUGUUGUGCGGGAUGCAGGAGAUUGAUUUGAGCGAUUGGCAGAAAAACACCAUCUAUCGACAUUAUACCAAAAACAGCAAACAGAUCCACUGGUUCUGGCAGGUGGUGAAGGAGAUGGACAAUGAAAAGCGAAUUCGCCUCCUGCAGUUUGUCACAGGAACUUGUCGGUUGCCAGUUGGAGGUUUUGCUGAACUUAUAGGGAGUAAUGGACCACAGAAAUUCUGCAUAGAUAAAGUGGGGAAGGAAACCUGGCUGCCUAGAAGUCACACUUGUUUUAAUCGCCUGGAUCUGCCACCCUAUAAGAACCUGGAGCAGCUCAGAGAGAAACUACUGUUUGCCAUCGAGGAAACCGAAGGAUUCGGACAAGAGUGAUCACAUAAGGACCAAGAAAAGAAUUUAACCAAUGUCAUAUUUUGUUUUAAGAGACAUUACAUUAAUCACUAAUGUGGACUGAUCUGUUAUUCAACAGAUUCAUGAUACUUUACAAUCUUCCAUUUAGCCACUUCAGGGAAUGCACAUCUACAUUUACAGCUCAGACUUCAUUUCUAUGCAGAGUAAAAAAUAAUCAUGCAUUUUACUGCUUCACACACUGCUUUAGAUUUUCAACCCUGUUCUGAAUCAAAAUUAAACAGAUUUCCUGCGUUAAGACUUUCGUAACAAUAAAAAUAAAUGAGAUAAACUGCAAUGAAGCUUCAGCCGCAGACGUCAUGAUGGGCCGCACGGCUUUUGAGCUUACGCACCAUACGUGUACUGUAUAUAAGAUAGAGAACCAUUGUAAAAGAAAAUACUUGUCUUAAAAGAGUUUCAUCAAUCACAUUUUUAUUUUGUGACAUGCUGUUUUAAGCUGUACAUAGUUGAAAUAAAAUCCUGUCAUGGACUGUGAACAAA